AUGAGCGGAAUUCUGGUCGGGGAUUUCGCAAAUGUUUAUGGCAGAAAUACGCCGGUAGAUUAUUUUGGUUUGAGACUCACAGGGUAUUUACUUGCCACUGAAACGGGUACUUACACCAUACAAUUUACCAAAGCUGACAAUGAAGCAUCCUUGUCCUUGGGGGGAUAUACAGAUACCCUUGACUGUUGUUCAAGCUCCAGUAAUCUCCCUGUGGAGGGGUCAGUUUAUGCUCACUUGCUAGAUACUUCUGGAGCAGUUAAUACCACCGUGAUAACGGUUAGUCUUGUUGCAGGUGAAUAUUACCCAGUGAAGAUUAUGUACUACCAAGCAGGACCUGGUGUAGCCAGCUUAGAACUUUCGAUAAAGUAUCCUGACGGUGACACUCAUACAGAUGAUAUAUCU